AUGAGUCCAGCAGUGUCUUCAGAGGGAACACCUUCGGCUGGUCCGUCGAGUGCUAAGAACAGAAGGAAGGUGGCUCAUGUUGCUAGCGCUUGUGACAGGUGUCGACAAAGAAAAGUGAGAUGUAAUGGAGAACAGCCAUGUCAGGUAUGCUUGGAGAAAGGAGCAGAUUGUACAAAUCGCAGCACGGAUAAGCGACGCACCAAGUCAGAGCUCGAAGACGUGAAGGAUCGCCUUACCGCUCUCGAGGGGUUGUUCGCAGCCCACGUACCCAAUCAGCAGCAAAGUCGCCCCAGAAAAAGACUCUAUCAUAGUCGUACAUCUUCUCCCUCCCAAAUGUCGGCUGCCCAAUCUACGACGACGUCCCCGGUCGACAAUACGUCCCUACAAGCAUCGUCCCCAGUAGGUCAGCCAUCCUUUAUACUUGAAGAUCUAUUCCCUCCACUUCCUGCCGACGCGUCUACUCAACCGAAGACCCCUCGUUUUCCCGCAAUUUCGCUUUCUUCCACGAGUUUUGAUCGUCUGAAACCGACGUCUGAAAACGGGCCUUCUGUACAAUAUGGAGCAACUUCAAUCUGGACUCAUGACAAUUAUGAAAGGCUCAUUACUGGUCCAAGUGACUCUCGAGGCGCGGAGCUCAUGCCAGGGGAAUGGGUUGAUUGGAGUAAAAAUCUACCACCCUCACUUGUGCCAGUGUUAAGCAAGACUGUCCAUGAUCAGGCGAUUGACCAUUACGCUGCCUAUUACGCUCCCUGGUGUAUGGUGGUAGAGAUAGAUGCAUUCAAACGGGAUUUGGUCACUUGCAACAAAUCGUCCAUACACGUCCGAAACACGUCACCACCUCGAUGGACCACGCACUAUUCACCCUUUCUACAUAAUGUUGUUCUUUGGAUGGGUCUUUACUACAAUAGGGAGGCUUGGCCUGAUGUUUCUAGAGUCUUCGCUGAAUCUCUCGUAUCUCAUUGUACUAGCCUGUUGGCGGCGGAGUUCCAUAGACCACCUUUGAGUGCUUUGCGAGCUGUCAAUCUUUUUGGAACAUGCCUUGCUCAACCACCUUUGGGCUCGCACGACUAUGGGUAUGUCUAUUAUGGUAUGACGGUGGCAAUGAAUCAAGUACUGGGGCUCGAUAUCAAUUGCGAGGCUUAUGUAUCUCAAGGUCGGAUGACUUCAGUGGAGCUGGAAAGCCGGAACGCGGCAUAUUGGGCGGCUUAUCUAUAUGACCUGCUUCGAGCAAUAGCAGCGGGCCGAAAUCCGAUGAUUGCGAAGUCUGUAACAGAUAUACAAGUACCGAUCAUUAAGCCCGAGUCGGAUGACGCACCUUGGUACAGCUCAAGCAGUUCAAUAGGCCAAGAAACCAGACUAGGUUACACAUUGAACGGAGUAAAGUCCAUGAAAUCCACAGUUUUCCAUUGGACUGCUAAACUGGGAUGUCUACUAGCUAGAGUCGUAGAGACAUUAUACUCAACCAAGACCGAAGCAAGUGAUAGAGAUGAGGUGAUCGAUCAGAUAUCAUUCAGCCUGGACGAGUGGUACAAAGCACAGCCAUUCAGAAAUCCCGAGACUCUACCUCUUCCACAUAUCAUUCUUUUACACCUUACCUAUCAUCUCACUCGGAUUUUCUUGUUUCGACCCUUCUACCGAGCUACCACAAGGCUAGAUAAUUACCCUUCAGCCCAAUGUGACCAAGCAGCAGAAGCGAUACUCGGCUUGCUUAAGUUAUUUGAUCGGUAUCAUGGUCUGAGAUAUGGAACUGGCACGUUUCUCAAUGCGACCUUCACAAGCGCUACAGUAUUCUUGUUGAGAGCUGUCGAAGAUCAAGAAGUUGGUUCGGGUGGUUCUGGAAGUCAAAGCACGAAGGAUAUUGAGGAGAUUACCUAUUUCAUGUCACAGCUAGCAAUAACUUUUCAUGAAGCCGGUAGAGGGUUGAAAAUCCUCCAGUCUCUCCGCUCAGAAUGGCUCCCCAUGUUGAACCAUGACAAUAUACCCAUGGACACAAUAACCCAAACAUUAUCGGAGACUCUUCAACCGAAUGGAGCGGAUUCGCAAGGUGGCAAUGGAAAUGCGAUGACGAACAUGAACUAUCAAAACUUCAUGUUGGAUUUCCCACUAGAUGAGGGUCUGUACAAUGCAUUAUUGUCCUUUGUAGGUGGCACGUGA